AUGUCUGCCUUCACCGAUCGCACCACCCUUCCCAACCUCGGCUCUGGUCGUGUCGUUGUCGACCAGACCCCCGCCAAAGACUCUCUCGAUGUCGUCCGCCUCCUUGCUCCCGUCCUUAACUCCGCUUACCCCUGCAAGAACCCCACCUCAGUCGAAGAGGACGAAGACGACAUUGAAACUGAAGAUCUCGCCGACUACUCCUUCACCGCUAUGCAGCGAUGUCCCUCUCUCACAGCCUCUCAAGAUUCUCUCACCCCCGCAACCACUCCUUCGCCCAGCAAAGCCGCUUUCUUCGGUUCAGACGCUGUUGCUGACGCUGCACUGGAAUUCGACUCUGUCAAGUCUACUCAUGGUACCGUUCUGGUUGUUGGUGUUGGAUUUGUCGGUGCUCAUCUCAUGGAGCGUUUCUCUUCUGCGUACGAGGUUGUCGCAUUCGACGUUUCCGAAAACAGAUGCCAGCAUCUAAGGAAGUUGCACUGCAACAACCCCAACGUAACUUUCAUCUCCGAUCUUGAGGCGGAUGAUAGGACAAAGGCUUUCGAUCUUUGCCUCAUCUCGGUCCCUACUCUUCUCACCUCUGACCUUAGUCAGGUGGAUCAAACACAUAUUAGGUCGGCUUUUAACAUGGUUUCACGUAUCGCACAGCCUGGAUCCACGGUUGUUGUUGAGUCCUCCGUCACUGUUGGAAUGACACGCGAGUUGUUCUCCCCUCUCCUCGCUAAGGGUAUCCAUGUGGGCUUCUCACCCGAACGCGUUGACCCAGGCCGAACCUUGCCUGCAUUCCAAGACAUUCCCAAGGUUGUUUCUGGAUUGGACACACCUUCGUUGCAUCGCAUUACCGAGCUCUAUUCUCGCGUCUUCAGCAAGGUCGUUCCUGUCUCAAAACCGGAAGUUGCGGAAUUUACAAAGCUAUACGAAAACUGCCAGCGCCUGAUCAACAUUGCAUACGUCAACGAAAUCGCCGAUGCUUGCGCUAAGCACGGUGUUGACGUUCAUGAGGUGGUUAUGGCUUCUGCAACUAAACCUUUUGGUUUCAUGCCUUACACGCCUUCCCUAGGCGCUGGUGGUCACUGUAUCCCCGUUAACCCUUUCUAUCUUUUCGCUAAUUGCGAUCUGCCCCUCCUCCGCACAGCUGCUUUAGCUAACCAGCGACGUCCAGUUGAAAAGGCAGUAGAGCUUGCCGAAAUCGCUACGCAGAACCACACAGCACUCGGAAAGCAGGGUAAGCCUAAGGUUGCUGUCGUGGGAAUGGGUUUCAAGCGUGGCGAAGCUUCGCUGGCCUACGCACCUACUGUUACACUCGCCGACAAGCUCACAGAGCUGGGAGUGGAAGUCAGUUACGUGGACCAAUACGUUACCAGCGAAAAGUGGGGUAAAGUCGACAUGGAAGAUUUUAGAAAUGCGGAAAAGUUCGAUGGGAUGUUCGACGCAGUCGUCGUUGCACAGAAGCCUAUUGCCAGUGAGUUGGCGAUUUUGGAACAGUUGAAGUUUGCUAAGGUCGUUUACUUGACCAAGUAG